AUGCAGCAAUUGCAAGCAUAUUUGGCGCGCGCACCUGUCCCCGGCGGCGCGCCCGGCUCGAAAGAAGCGCUUGUGCACAUGUACUCGGAUCUUUCUGGCCAGGCACACUCGAAUUCGGCUGCGUUCCGCGCCCGAGUCGCAUGGUGGACGACGACAUUGGAGACGGUGCAAUGGGACGGUUUGCAAGGUCCCGGCGCUACAGUGAUGCGCAUAGAUGCAGGGAUGCCGAACCGGUGGGCUAUGGAUACAAUUGGCCGCCCACUGUGUAUUGCAGUUGUGGUUGAGGACGCAGCCGUGCACCAGCGAUACAUGCGUUUGGACGAAUUUCUCGCUCGGGCCGCUCCGCUCCAUGCAAAGCGUGCGCUGUACAGCACCGUGCUGGUCGAUUGGGUUGCCAAGCCGGCGUGGCGUGCGGCGGCACGUAUAUUUGUUGCAGACGCGGACGAAGUGGGAGAUGAGGCGGUAUGGCCGCGCGUGUAUGGCGAAUGGGUCCUCGUGCCGAAUGUCGAGCGCGCCGCGGCGCUCUUUGUCGCGUCGCUGGCGUUGGAUCCGCCCAGCAUGCUCGAAUCUAUAAUGACACGUGCAGAGAUGCAGCGUAGGCUGCAAGCAUUGCGCGAUCCAGAUGCUGGAAAGCGUGUGCCCAUCUCUGAUACCGACGCCAAGGUACUGCUGCGGUACUUGGAGCGCGAUGCAAACAUACUUGUAGUCGAUGAUGAUGUGGUGAAACUUGUACGACCGACGGAUGCACACCGGGGCAUUCAAGAGUCAGACCGAGGCAUCCUUGCAGUGCGCCAAAUGCACGCACAGCUUACCGCACAAGUGGACGAGUUGGAGCGCCGUGUGGAUAGUGCACGCGCACGGAUUAUGGAUGCGCUGCGGAAGAAGCAGCCCGAAGAGACGGCGAAAUCCUAUCUGCGCACAAAAAAGCAGCUCGAGGAAUUGCUGGGCCGGCGUGUCGGAGCGCUCGAGACGGUGAGCCAGCUGUUAUUGAAGCUCGAGCAGGCUGCAGGCGACGCAGAGAUUCUGCAAACGUACGAGCGAUCCUCGUCGGCAUUGCAGCAGAUUCUUGCGGACCCACUCUUGCAGCCCGACCGUGUGGACAAGACCAUGGACGCUUUGGCAGAGUCGGUAUCGCAGCAGGAAUCAAUCGAAGAUGCAAUGCGUACCGACCAUGUGGACGACGACGAAAUUGCCGCGGAGCUCGAAAAGCUUGCGCUGGGAGAGGAGGAGGCGAAGCAGACAUCGUCGAUGCCUUCGGCACCACUGCAUGCGCCCGAGCCAAGCAAGGCAUCUACUGCUGCGCCCAAAGAGCCCACCACUCCAGACCAACGUACACCGGCAUUUGCCUAG